UGGGGAUUCGUCAGCAAAAGAAAUAUUAUUCAGUCUCUUCUUCGCUGCGUUCAGUGCAUUUUCGAAAAAAUUUUGCUGCGUAUUAAGAUAAUUUAUUAUUAUUAUUUUUUUGUAUUUGAUUCCAGUUGUACAAAAAAUACAUAUAUUUAUAUAUAUUUCUAUAUAUAUAAAUAUUCCUUAAAGUGCAGAUAGUGUAAAGGUUAUUAAAGGAGGAAGUGAAAGCAGACAGGACAACAUCCAGACAUCUAAUUUUGCUUGAAAGAAAAGGAAAAUGCUACUCAACCGAAACAAAUUGGGCAGCGUGCGGCCACCAAAGCGUUGCAGAAGUGAAAUGGAUACAUCAUCCGCUUCGGAUAUUGUGCUGAUCCAUGGCAACUCACAUCCAGAUCUGGCUAACAAAGUGGCCGAGCGUAUGGGCAUAAAGAGUGGUGGUUGCUCGGUGUUUCACAAAACGAAUCGUGAGACGAUGGUGGAGAUUGGCGAUUCGGUACGUGGCAAGGAUAUCUAUAUCAUACAAACGGGCACCAAAGAUGCCAAUAACAACAUCAUGGAGUUGCUUAUAAUGGCCUACGCCUGUAGAACAUCCUCGGCGCGUUCCAUUGUUGGCGUUAUACCAUAUCUACCCUAUUCGAAACAAUGCAAAAUGCGUAAACGUGGUUGUAUUGUGUCGAAAUUGUUGGCGAAGAUGCUGUGUACUUCGGGCUUAACGCAUAUUAUCACAAUGGAUUUGCAUCAAAAAGAGAUACAAGGAUUUUUCGAUAUACCAGUUGAUAAUUUGCGCGCUUCACCAUUUCUAUUGCAAUAUAUACAGGAGAGUAUUCCUGAUUACCGCAACUCGGUGAUUGUGGCGCGUAAUCCCAACAGCGCCAAGAAGGCCACAUCAUACGCCGAACGCUUGCGUCUCGGCAUUGCAGUUAUACACGGCGAACAAAAGGAGGCGGAGAGUGAUGAGGUCGAUGGACGUUAUUCACCACCGCCAGUAAGUACGUAUAGCGAUAUAAUAGGAAAUACAGUUGAAAUGUGCUCCUGUUCUCCUAGCAAUAACCGAACGCGCACCAUUAGUGUUUCGGUCGGCGUUCCGGAGCAUCCGCCGAAGGUUAAACCGCCGCUAACAAUUGUUGGUGAUGUCACUGGACGCAUAGCCAUUAUGGUGGAUGAUCUAAUCGACGAUGUGCAGGCUUUCGUUGCUGCAGCAGCGUUGUUGAAGGAGAACGGCGCUGGCAAGAUUUAUUUGUUGGCUACACAUGGCCUGCUCAGCUCAGAUGCACCCAGACUGAUCGAGGAAUCCCCUAUCGAUGAGGUUGUUGUUACCAAUACCAUUCCACAUGAGAUCCAAAAGCUGCAAUGUCACAAAAUCAAAACUAUUGACAUUUCCAUUCUUAUUGCCGAGGCUAUACGUCGCAUACACAAUAAGGAGUCUAUGUCGUAUCUCUUCCGCAACGUUACCCUGGAGGAUUAAAUGUGUGCAGACGUUUCUUACAGAAAUGUUUUAUUGAUGAUGUUGAUCAUAAUGAUGUUCGCACGAAUAAUCAUGAUAAUGGUGAUGAUGAACGUUGUUUAUGAGAAAACCGUUUACAUUUUCUAAAUGAUUCAAACGAGUUACGUAACAUUAUCAUUAUUAUUUUUACAAUCAUAUUUUAAGCUUUUUGGUUUGGCUUAUGUUUUUUUUUUUAAUUUGUCAUAAAUUAUUCGCAUUGAAUCAUAAUUUAUACAAAAAUAUUUGCGAUCUUAGAGUUAUACAUUUGAAAGCAGGUAGAGUAAAUACCCACAUCCCAUAGACUUGGAUUGACUUCAAAGAAUCUUAAUAAUUUACGAUUGCUCAACUUUGUUUCAUUAUUUCAAAUGUGAAUUAAGCUAUAUUUCCUGCAGAGAAUACAGAAGAAAUCGCUUUAUCAAUAGGAUAUUAUUAUAUAUUGU